GAUGUGUCCAUCGCAUCGUCCAGGCUCCUUAGAUCUGCCGUAGAUACACACACACAUUGUACAGCAGAGUUGGAGCUACGAUGAGGGGGACGAGGACCAGGAUUUAGCGGCGGCUGUGAAGCAGCAGAACAUGGAGGACGAGCUGGUGUCGGAGGACGAUAUCUUGCUGUGGUCCGAAAAGGAGUUACAUGAUGCUGCCAAGAAGAACGACACGGGGAAAAUGCAGGAACUGAUCAAGAAGGGUGUGGACGUCAAGGCCAAAAACAAAAUAGACCGUAAAGCACUGCACUGGGCCGCAGGAGCUGGGAAUGAACAGGCUCUGCAUCUCCUGCUGGAGCACGACACUGACGUUGAUGAGAGGGACAGUUUUGGCAUGAAUGCUCUGCUUCUGGCAUCCUGGUUUGGUCACCUAAAGAUCCUGCAGAUCCUGGUGUCCUGUGGAGCCAAGCUCAACUCUGAAAACAAAGAUGGUCUGAGUAUGCUGCACUGUGCUGCUCAGCGAGGCCACAUUAGAGUGUUGGAGUUCAUCAUGGAGGACCUGGAAGGCAUCUGUCUGGACAGAGCUGACAAGGCAGGGAAGACAGCCCUUCACCUCGCUGCUGAGCAUGGACAGCUUGAAGUGGUGACGUUUCUUAUUGGAAUGGGCUGCACGCAUGGUUUGAAGGACAAGGAAGAGAACACAGCUGUGCAUCUAGCAGCAAAGCGAGGGCACACAGAGGUCCUGCAAAAGAUCGUGGAGACUGGAGUAGAUGUGGAUGAGAGGAAUACAGAUGGUCUCACAGCAUUGCACCUGGCAGCUGAUGGAGGUCACUAUGAGUGUGUCAAACUGCUGCUGGAGUCCGGCUGUAACGUCAAUGCACAAACUAAUAGGAAUAUGAAUGCUCUUCAUUACGUGGCCCAGCAUGGCUUUGAUAGAGAGGCCAGCUUGCUGCUGGAGGCAGGAAUCAACAUAGAUGCUGUAGACAAUCAACACAUCACACCGCUCCACCUAGCUGUGUUCAACAAUCACACAGAUGUUGUACGGCUGCUUAUAGACGCAGACUGUGACCUGGAUGUCACUGACAGUAGGCAGCAGACUGCACUGCACAUAGCAGCAGAGCAUGGCUGGCAGGACCUGGCUGAGAUGAUUCUGAUCUCUGGUGUUAAUCUCAAUCUGACUGACAAGCAGGGGAAAACAUGUCUGGAAGUGGCAGCAAGAGGAAACCAUGUCAUCCUGGUUGACAUGAUCAUCAAAGCUGACCGUUUUUAUCAAUGGGAGAAGGACAACAUGGGCAAUGAGAGGGAAUCCUGCGUGGUUCGACCUCUGAGCUUCAAACAGGACCACCAGCCAGAGACACAGCACUUACGCUCUGUUCUUUGGAGCCUGGCUACCAAGCACCUCUGCCGCGGAGAGUGGAAGAUUCUGGCUCAACACUGGGACUUCACUGAUGCACAUAUACGAGCUAUAGAACAACAAUGGACAGGUAUGAAAAGCUUCAAAGAGCAUGGUCACCGCAUGCUGCUAAUAUGGCUUCAUGGAGUGGUGGUGGCCGGGGAAAACCCAAUCAAAAGCCUCUAUGAGGGCCUGGUGGAAAUCUCACGGUCGGACUUGGCAGAGUGCAUUCGGCAGAAGGCAAAUGCAGAGACCAGCUCUCCCAAAAUGUGCUCUACAAUGUGACCGACUCUGUGAGUGACUAUAAUGAACACCUAACAAAUCCACCUUUAAGUUUAUAAAACUCCAUUUAGUAGGCAAUACCCAGAACUGAGCCUGUAAAAAAAGCUCUGUGUGGUCAAUGACAUGACCUGCUUUCAUGCUCACACGGUGAAUAUACUGUGUACUUGUGGUAAGUCAGAAAAUGGUAAGCAAAUACUGGAAGUGAACCUGUUAACUACCAGGAGGUAGUGCACACGAAGAGUUUGUUGUGGACGCAUAUAAGCCAGCUAUUUAAACGUAAUAUGUAGAAUUGUAUGCCAAUGCAAAAUUCAGUAAAGCUAAAUGUUUUUUUUAAUUGAUAAGAAUAUUCCCUAGUGUAUGUUACUUGGAUCCUGAUCCACAUAAAACUUUACAUUUGUUUAUCAAAAAUAUGUCUGUAGCAGACUUGACAAACUUGGCCAAAGCAUUUUAUUUACACACUACAACCCAAAGUACAUGUGCAACAAAAUGGGGGGAAAAAACAAACAAACAUGGCUCAAUUAAAUAAAAUUUAGCUCAAAUUAGCAUUGUGGCAUCAUCACAUGCACACUUGGACAUCUGUCCAACUCAUGUGAAGCUGACUACUCAACACAGUAUUACCCUUUCAAAGCGGAAGGAUUGUGGCAAGAUGUUCUGACUUCACUGUGACACUUAUAUGAGUGUGAUAUGUUAUUAAUAAAAUAAGAACUGUCUUGUUUCAAUUUAUUUAGUAUUUACCACUAAGGGGUUCCAUGACGCAUGCAUGCAGAUCUGUGGAAACUGUCUUUGUUUAGUUUUUUCCAAUGUUCUAUGUUGACGCUGUCUGUUGUAUUUUACCUCUUUUUGUGAAUCAGCUUGCAAUGUCUGCUGUACAAUGGUGCUAUUUAUAAAAUCUUGACUCAUUCACUGUUGCUUAGCAGGGAGAGUGCAAUACUGCAGCUCUCACAGACACUAAAUACUUUCUAGAUAAGUAUGAUUGAGUCCAAUAACUACAGAAGCACAUGGACAUAUAGAGAUAAACCUACCAGCAUCUUAACUGUUGCUCUUGAUCUUGAUAAAAGCAUUGAUGUCAGGUUUUAUACUCUUCUCCCUGUCUUUGGGAGGGGGCAAGACAUCAAGUCUGCAUUUCUGUAUUUGUGGCCUUAAGAAAAAUGCCACUUUUAUUUGAAUUAUGUUGCUGCAGAGAUUAUAUAAAUGUAUGUGUUUCCUUCGGCUGUGGCUCAGGUAGUACAGCGGGUUGUCCACUAAUCACAAGGUCAGUGGUUCAAUCCCUCGCCCCUCCACAUGUCACAUGGUAUCUCUGUUGCCAAUGGUGUGUAAAUGCGCGAAUGAGGAAAACAUUCUAAAGAACUUUGAGCACCAUUAAUGUAGAAAAGUGCGAUAUAAGUGCAGACCAUUUCUCUUUCUUUCGGCUGGUGUAAAUAAGGUUAAUAAUGUAUAAUAAUUGCUAUUUUUCCAUUAGGUGAAUACAUUGUAUCUCUUCCUAAGUACUUUCACAAAGUAAUGAUGCCGUUUUUGUAAUGGACUAUGACACAUUUAAUGGAUUUAUAGUACUGUAUUGUUGUCCGUCAAAGCACUGCUAAAUUGUAACAUGGAUGCACUUGUUUAAACUAUCUUUUUACAAAAUCCAAGCUAUCAAGACCAAGGUGAAUAUUUUGUUUACUUUUUUUGUUAAACAUGAUUCCAAAUCAUAUGUGAAAGUAAAAAUAGAAGUUGUGUUUGCAUGACCUGAAGAAAUAUAUGAAGAAAGUCACAUGAAGCCACUCAUUAAAGCCUGGCUAGUCCUUGAACUCCUUGUGUCCAAAGCAAACAUUGUAAAGAUUUUUUUUCAAAAUCAAUGCAAUAACUUGAUUUAUCUGCACUAAUACUGAUUGCUUUUGUAUAGGUAAUGUACACAUAUACCUCCAAUGCAGCUAUGUAUUCGACAUGUUUAUAAGAUAAAUAAAAACUCCACUUAGAAAACAGA